UACCUUCCGUACGCCCGAGGCGGCGGGUACUUGCUGUCUUCCGACCUGGUCCAGUACCUGGUGGACUCUGCCCCGCGGUCCCGGGCCUACAGGGCGGAAGACGUGACCUUUGGCACGUGGCUGGCCCCACUGGAGAUCCUGCGACACCACGACGUCCGGUUCGACACCGAGUACCGGUCCCGCGGCUGUUCCCACGACUUCCUCAUCACGCACAAAAAGUCGCCCUUGUCCAUGGAGGAAUUGCACGCCAAUUUGAAGGCGUCCAACGGGGAGAAGUUGUGCACCCAGGAAGUGGUGCACGCCAGGCCGUAUGUCUACAAUUGGGACGUGUUGCCGUCCAAGUGCUGCGAGUUGAGAUGA